CAAUAUGGCGGAUGUAAAACCAACAAAGCGAAUUUAGCGGCUCUAAAUCUAUAAAAAAAAAAUUUCCAGAAAAAAUGGAAUGUAAAGGCGAAAUGGCAUGUAUUAUGUGUGGUUUAAAUCACAGCUAAGUCUGCAAUUAUGUUACUAAAUAUAGUUCUUAAAUGCUUCUUUUUAGGCGUGUUACUUUUACAUGUUCACCAUGUCAAAAGUGAAAAACGACUUAAAAGAAGAAAACUUCAUCUUCUCAAACCAUUCCAUCACAAACAAUGGCAGACACUCGAGAAACAUAAGUACCAGAAUGUUUUUAAAACGCAUAAAUAUUUAACCGAAGAGAAGCCAUCGUCGAUGAAAAAAGAUUCGAAAAUUAAAAAAUAUCAUCGGGACAGUAAGAAAAAGACUUCAGAAUAUUUGAAGAAAGGUGUUCUGUCACAAAAAAAACAUAAAAACCAAUCCAAAGGAUCUUUUAAAAAACACGGUAACCAAAAAUUAAGUUUACAGAAAAAACAUGGCCAAAGAUUCGAGAAGAAAAGUAAAAAAAAUGCUGCCAAAAAGGAUGUCACCGUGCAAAGAGGAUUCCUCGACGCAUUGAAAAAUGCCAAUAUAUCGGUGCAGAAUUCCGUUCACAGCUAUACUACAAAAUCAAAUAUCAAUUCACUUGUGGGACAUCAAAAAACAAGAACGCUGUCAGUAUUGGAAAAAGCUUUACAAAAUGCCAAUAUAUCAGUGCAGAAUUCUGUGCAUAGCUAUACCACAAAAUCUCAUGUAAAUAAUCCAUCAAGACAUAAGAAAAAUACGCUCUCGGCUUUACAAAAAGCCUUACAAAAUACCAAUAUAUCAGUCGAAAAUCACGUACACAGUCAAACUGUCAAAUCGAACAUUAAACAGGGCGAAAAUCCUGAUCAAAGAGGAUUCCUCGACGCAUUGAAAAAUACCAAUAUAUCGGUGCAAAAUUCCGUUCACAGCUAUACUACAAAAUCAAAUAUCAAUUCACAUUCGGGACAUCAAAAAGCAAGAACGCUGUCACCAUUGGAAAAAGCUUUACAAAAUGCCAAUAUUUCGGUGCAAAAUUCCGUUCAUAGCUAUACCACAAAAUCUCAUAUUAUCCAUCCUGCCAAACACCACAAAAAAAAUACGCUUUCUACGUUGGAGAAAGCUUUACAAAAUGCCAAUAUUUCAGUGCAAAAUUCCGUUCAUAGCUAUACCACAAAAUCUCAUAUCAAUUCACAUAAAAGACACCACAUGCCAAAAGACCACACAACAAAAAGAAAAAUAAUUCUCAAGCCGCAUACUACAAAAGACGUAACUGGUAGCAAACGUGACGAAAUGUUCGAUGAUGGCAUUCAACUGCAUGGGGAUGACCCUAUCGAUGUAGCAGGUGAAAUUGACAGCAACGACAAAAAUCUCAUUCCUAUACUGACGAAAGCUUCCACACGUGAACUGGAACUAGAAAAUCUGCAUGAUGAUCGAGAAGAAGAAAAACAUGAUGACGAACAAGAAUCAGAAUAUGUUGUCUCAGACAAGGAUAACUUUCCAGCAGAGAACGAUCCUGAUUAUACGAGACACAAACAAGAGGAACGCGAGCACGAACACGAAGAGAGAUUAAAAAAGGAAUCACACAAUAUUCAUGAAGAUCAAACGCCCUCUGAAGAUCGAUUUGAUAUUGGCGAAAAUAGAAACUUCAAUGAGGAAAGACAAGAAAAUUCAAGACAUUAUAAUCAUGACAGAGAAGGUGAUAGCGAGGGAGACGAAAAUUUCCAUGGUAGCAAUCGACCUCCACUACAUGGUGCACCAGAUUUACACAACCAUGGGUUUCCAAUCAACAGCUACGUACAAGGGGAUAUCAACCGACACACGAGUGAUAGAGAUCAUCAAUAUAUGGGCAGACACAUGUACAAAAAUUAUGACGAUCAUGGGGAUAAUGAAGACCGUCAACGAUUUAAUGACCAUGAAAAUGACCGUUACCGAGAUGACGACCGACACCAGGAUGAGCAUCGCCAUCAUAACGAUGAAUAUAAUCACCAUAGCGACACACCACCCCCUCGCCAUGGAGAUCCUGAUAUAGAAGGUGCAUACAGAUACCAUCCUCGUGCGAGAGAACACGACGAAGACAGCAGCCAUCAUGGUGACAGACACAGAGAAUCAGGUGGAUUUAGUGAAGGCCACGAAGGUAGACUAGAAAACUCUGAUCAUCAUCAAGAUGACAGGCGCCCGGAAUAUGAGUCGCUUAUAGCAGCUGGGGGAAGGCACUCAGGUCCAGCAGUAUCUUUGGGAUUAGGUAUGCAUGGCUACUCGGGCUAUGAACAAUCAACACCUUAUUCUGGAUCAAGGGGAAGUGGAGAUGACAGAAUAUUCGGCUCGGUUCAGGGUGAUCAUUGUGUUGAGAAAAGAAAUGGAAUUUGUCACGACGGUAAAGGAGAAUAUGGUGGCAACAAUCAUCAUGACGACCAUCACCUUGACGACCAUCAUGGGGAGCACCAUUUAACAAAAGAAGAAAGAAUGAUUCAAUUUCAACGAAAUCCAUUCGAUCCUCAUGAUAUCGACAUCGAUCAUCACCAUGACGACGACGAACACCAUCACGAGGCUGUAAUGUCCCCAAUCCCACAAAGCGUGCUUCAAAUUGGUGUAGAUCCAAGCAAUCACAUUCACUAUUUAAGCCGAGAUCAGCAUCACGAUUUACACUAUGACAACAGCUUGUUCCAGCCUCAUGUUCAUGGAGAAGAAAUGGAUGAAGAUCUUAGCAUGCAUCAUAACCCGCAUGAAGAAGUAGAAGGAGAAUAUGCAGCACACUCUGUUCGCGUAUCUGGUCAUGACAAUCCACACGAAUAUGAAACACAUGAGUUUGAUCAUCCAGCACAUGAUCACAUUCAUGAGACAACUGAUCACGGCAAUACAGACUGGGACCAUCACCGUCGAGAACAUGGUGGGGACGAAUACGAUGAACACAGACAUCAUGAUGACCACGAUGGACAUGCAGGUUGGGCUCACGAGGGAGAUCAUCACGGAGAUGAACACCACGAAGGAGAGUAUCACGAAGACGAGCACCACAAAGAAGAACAUGGAGGUCACGAGGGUGGUCAUGUGUCUUAUGAGCAAGACCACACUUACCCAGCGGCAACACAUCAAGCUCCAUACAUGCCAAUAUUUACACCACCUCAAAGGGAGUUACCUAUGUUCCAAGUUGGCCAUGUACACCAUACGGAUGAUUAUCAUAAUCAUCACGCAUCUGGUAAUCGUCGUACCAAUACAUUAAACACGGGUCAAACGUUUGAUUUAGACAAUCGAGCAUCAGCUAGCGACAUGACUCAUUUCCUUGGCCAAUACUUGGUUAACAAGGAGCCAGGUUUUCAUGAGAACUUGUUAGGAUUAAGCAAUCAUGAUUUUGGCAUCGAAGCUGAAAUAGCUCGCAAACGUAAACUCGAAGAUGAUGCACUAACAGUCUUAAAUGAGACAGAAAUUUUAAAACAAUUACACGAUAACACAUCAGAUAUUACGAUAAUGGAUGCGUUAAACACGACUUCUUUCGAUACAGACAACCAAACUGUAAAUAACACGAAGACACCUGAUCCUGUUAUUAACAGUCUUAUGCCAGAAGGCAAUACAACAACAGCGUUAGUGGAUAGUAUAAAAACUGCAGUAACGGGAAUCAGAAAAAGGGUGAUACCAACUAGAACGUCCGCUGAUUUUCAGACGAGCAACGACGAUGUGGAGGACAUCAUGGGAGUACUAGACGUAUGAUUGAAA